AUGCAAGGCAGUUCCUCCCCGAUGGAGAAAAGAGUGGUUCUGAUCACAGGAUGCUCCUCAGGAAUCGGGCUGGGCUUAGCUGUACUUCUGGCUUCUGACUCUUGCCAAAGAUAUAAAGUCUAUGCCACUAUGAGGGAUCUUUCCAAGAAAGAAUAUCUGUUGGAGUGUCUAAAGGACUGCCAUGCUGACACUUUUGAGAUUCUGCAGAUGGAUGUUACAGACCAGCAAUCUGUGUUGGCUACCACUGAGAAAAUAAAAGAAGAGCGAGUAGACAUUUUAGUAUGUAAUGCUGGCAUUGGAUUGAUGGGGCCCCUGGAAUGUCACACUUAUGACACAAUGAAGAAGAUAUUUGAUGUCAACCUCUUUGGUACAAUCAGCACCAUACAAGCCUUUCUUCCUGGGAUGAAGCAGAGAAGAUCUGGACAGAUCAUUAUUUCCAGCAGUAUGGGAGGCCUGCAAGGUGUCCCAUUUAAUGAUGUGUACUGUGCUAGUAAAUUUGCAGUGGAGGGGUUCUGUGAAAGCAUGGCUAUUGUUCUGCAGCAUUUUAAUAUACAUGUGAGCCUCAUUGAGUGUGGAACUGUCAACACCAAUUUUGUGAACAACCUGAUUGCGAAUGACUUCACUGACAGUCAACUCCAGAGCGUGGACAGCGACACCCGCGCUCUCUACGCCCAAUAUCUCCAACACUGUCAGACAAUUUUCCAAGAUGUGGCCCAGGACACAGAUGAGAUCCUGCAGGUCUUUGUGGAAGCAAUUGAGGCCUCAGUUCCAUCACUCCGAUACUUCACCACUCAGUUUUUCAUGCCCCUUAUUAAGCUGAAGUUACAAUGUGCAAGCGGAUCAGAGUAUGUCCACGCCAUUUACAAGUUUGUGUUUUCUGGAACAAAGCCAAAGGAAUAG